AUGCAUGACGAAAUAAUUUAUCAUUUGGAAAAUUCUGAACAAUUUUGGAUUGCCCAAGGUCAGCAAAAUCAAGAUACAGCAAAAAGGGCGAUAGAUGCAUACGUCAAUUUUGUCUCAAAAUUUCAAGAUGAAUACUUGGAAACGGAUUCACAAUUAGCCCAAUGUUUCUAUAAUCUCCUGAGUUCGCCAAUGUAUCAAACAUUUUCUAACAUAAUAAUUGAACGUAUGAUACAUCAAGCAACAACACGCAACGAAUUUAAAGAAUUAUGGGUGAUCUUUAAUAUUUUGUAUCUUGCGGGGAAGAAUAAUCUAGCAGUAUUUAAAUUAAUGGUUCGCCCACAAGAGCAUGCCUUCAUUUUGAAGUUGAAGGAACAUAUUUGUGAUCUAGAUAAAGAGCGUAAAGUGCAACAAAUUGCUGUGAAUCUAAUGUUUGAAAUUUGUCGCGGACAGCGUAUAUCACAAAAUAUACUAAGUAUUUUUGAUGAUCAAUUUUUUGACUAUCUCCUUAACUUGGUAGAGAAUACAAGAGAUGAAGAGGAUGAGACUUUUAAUUAUUCAGUCAUUCAUUUAAUGCUGUCGUUAAAUGAACAAUUUAUGCUAGCAGUCCACGGAACGAGCUAUGAUGAAGAUAACGACUUGAACUACAAUCCUCUACUAAGAAUGUUGUCUGCACGUAUUGGAACUAGUAAAACCUUUGGAGAAAACGUAAUAUUCAUGUUUAAUCGUGCAGUUGAACCGCAUAUACAAAUGCUUAUUCUAAAAUUGUUAUAUGAAGUAUUCACUACACCAGAAACAACUGAAUAUUUUUAUACAAACGACUUACAUGUGGUGAUUGAC